GAGUGGGCUGCAGUUAGGAGGUGUGGGGGUCGGCAAUAUGGGGGGGAGGCGUUCAUCUAAUAUGACGUGCAGGGAUUGUAUACCGGCGGCGUCCUGAGGCGGGGGCGCCAUGUACCCGGGAUAUGUGGUGUCACGGGGCGCCUGUGAUUGGGUCUAUCUGGCUGCAGGCAGGUUACAUCCCUGAUGCCUCCUGUGUAAUAUUAUGAGGAUAUGAAGCCUUUUAUAAGAUUUUAGAUGCAUCUUUUAACCCUUUGCUGGAAGUGUAGAUUUUAGGUAUUUUUAAUAAUGAAGAAAAAGAGAAAAUUGGGUCUGAAAAACCUUCAUGAGAAGGAGACGGUUGAUGAUGUUGCUUGUGCCCAGGGGGAUCCUAAUCAUUGUGCCGCUGAUCAGAGGAAAGCCCUGAGCUCUCUGAACUACAACAAAAACCUCCUCAAGUAUUUGAAUGCUGACCGCCAUCGGCCGGGCUCGUUCUGCGAUCUGGUCGUGGUAGUGGAAGGGAAGGAGUUUCAGGUGCACAAGGUGGUGGUGGCGGUGGGGAGCAGUUAUUUUCACGCCAGUCUGAGUAAGAACCCCAGCACCCAGGUGGUGACCCUCGAUCAUGUCAGUAGUGCUGUUUUCCAACACUUGCUGAACUUUUUGUAUACGUCUGAGUUUUUGGUUUUGGAGAAUGAGAUUAGUGUAGUCUUAGAAGCCGCAAAGUUUCUUGACAUCAUCGAUGCAGUCAAGUUGUUGGCUCCCGAGGACGAACGUUUAUCUCUGGUAGAACAUGAGUCUCAUCCAAAAGUAACGCAGGAGCCGAGUAAUAAACUGGAAAACAAGUGUCCGCUGUGCGAGCGGAAUUUCUGUUAUAAGAAGACACUGGAGAAUCACAUGGACAGAGCCCAUCAGUUUGGGCAAACAGACCUUCUUAAGGAUCCGGACUCUUCCACCAGGAAAUCAACCCGCCAGAGGAAGUGUCCGGCAAAGUUUGAAGAUCAGGAGGACGGAGAAAGUGACAGAUCCUCAAGUAGCGAGUCUUACAAAAGUAGUCAGGAUGUAUCCGAUUCUGAAGAUUGCAGCAGUGAGAUAAUUGAUGAGGGCAAUGAAGUGGAGGAAGGAGACCAGCCAGAGCAGAGAGAGAACGGGGAGGAGGAGGAGGUGGAGGUAUCUGACGUGAAUCAUGGACCAAGUGAGGACCUGGACAAUCCUGAAGAAAGGAACGACACUCCGGCUUCUCUUGGGAACUUCCCUGAUGGACUCGCCCCUAUAGUGCUAGAGAAAAGCAGCAGAAAGAAUUUAAAGUGCCCCAAGUGUGAUAAAGUCUUUGAUCGAGUAGGUAAAUAUGAAAGUCAUACACGUGUCCACACUGGAGAAAAGCCUUUUGAGUGUGACAUCUGCAACAUGAGAUACUCUACCAAAUCCAACCUGACAGUACACCGGAAGAGGCACAACAGCGAGACCGAGAUGCCCAGGAAGGACCACAAGUGUCCAUUUUGUAGCAAGCUCCAUGCAAGCAGGAAGACCCUUGUUAAACAUGUCAAAAGGUUCCAUGCUGAAAAUGCUCAAGAAUUUCUCACUAUCAAAAGAAUAAAGAGUGAUGGAUGGAAAUGUGAUAUCUGCAAUAAAUCUUUCACGCGGCGGCCCCAUUUACAGGAGCACAUGAUUCUCCAUUCACAGGACAAGCCGUUUAAAUGCACUUAUUGUGAGGAACAGUUUAAAUCGCGCUUUAAAAGGUUGAAGCAUCAAGAGAAAUAUCACCUGGGACCUUUCCCUUGUGAUAUUUGUGGACGGCAGUUUAAUGACUCUGGGAAUCUAAAGCGCCACAUUGAGUACACACAUGGAGGAAAGAGGAAAUGGACCUGCUUCAUCUGUGGAAAAUCGGUAAGAGAAAGAACAACAUUAAAGGAGCAUCUAAGAAUUCACAGCGGGGAAAAGCCACACCUUUGCAGUAUUUGUGGGCAGAAUUUCCGACAUGGCAGCUCAUACAGACUCCAUCUUCGUGUCCAUCAUGAUGAUAAACGCUACGAGUGUGAUGAAUGUGGGAAGACGUUCAUACGCCAUGAUCACCUUACUAAACACAAAAAGAUCCACUCUGGAGAGAAAGCUCACCAGUGUGAAGAAUGUGGGAAAUGUUUUGGCCGGCGUGACCAUCUGACGGUACAUUAUAAAAGCGUUCAUCUAGGAGAGAAGGUUUGGCAGAAGUACAAGGCCACAUUUCAUCAAUGUGAAGUAUGCAAAAAGGUUUUUAAAGGGAAGUCAAGUCUUGAAAUGCACUUCAGGACACAUUCUGGUGAGAAGCCGUACAAAUGUCAGAUCUGCAACCAGUCAUUUCGCAUUAAAAAGACUCUGACUAAACAUUUAGUCAUCCAUUCAGAUGCCCGCCCCUUCAACUGCCAGCAUUGCAAUGCAACCUUCAAACGGAAGGAUAAGCUGAAGUAUCACAUCGACCAUGUUCAUGGUUCUAAGGCAGACGAGGAGGUCCCAGCACGAGAGGAGACAAAGACCUACCCGGCUGCCUCCCAGAGCUCAGAUGCAGAUGUGUGUGUCCCCAUCACAUUGGUACCCGUUGAAAUGGGUGAAAAUGAGGCAGAGUUGGAGACGCAUUCUGGUUCUUCUGUGCUGUCCCAGCCGGCUGACUACCAACGGCCCCCUGACUUGGCUUUCUUGGAAAAAUACACACUUAACCCUCAGCCUGCAACCCUUUUACAUCCGGUCAGACCAGAGCAAAUCAUGGAAACCAGAGAACAUUCAUAUUUGGGGACAUUGCUUGGGCUGGACCCUCAGCCGACUGUGCAAACUGUUUCCAAUGCUGAGCAUCACUGACAUAAGGGGGACAUUCCACAUUGGUUACCCGGAGAGCGAGGGCUGCACCGCAGGGGUUAAGGGCAGGCACCACCCUUGGAAAACAGCUGGACUAGGGCUACACGGU